AUGGUUCUGCUGCUCCUAUACCGGGGGGGCUUUGAAUCCAUUUUUACAGCUGAUAAUUAUGCUGCUGAUGUUAUUGCAGUUGCUGAGACAACACAUGAAGUAUCACAACCUACUAAGCCACAUUCCGCAAACGGUGGUGACGAUGGUGAUGUUGGAGAUAGUGGGGAUAAAGAUGUUGGUAAUCGUGAUGAUCGUGCUUCUACCAACACCGCUGAAGCAAGUCCUAUGGAGGACGAUUCCGAACAUGAUGCCAAGAUUGUCGUUAAUAGUGGUGACCCACAAACUACUGAAGGUCCCGAUAUCAACAAGUUGGAAUACGAAGACUGCAUUAAAAUGUAUAAUCUUGCUAAAACCAUUAUUGAGGAAGAAUUUGAGACGGCAUACAUGGAUGUGGAUCCACCUACAAUCAACAAUUUCCUCGAGUUGAAGAAAUACAUUGAUGUUGGUCUUGAACAUUUUUCUGGGGCUGAUUUAUACUAUCUUAAUAAGGAUUCGUUUGAUUUUAGUAAAGAUGUUAGCGACUUCCCUCCAACAAGAACUGUGACUGAGCAUGAGCUCUUUUUCCGUAUUUUGAAUGGCUUACUUUGUCAACAAACUCAAGAAAACAAAGUUGAUUACUAA